AUGGCAAUACACUAUGUACGAUCUGUGGACUUAGAACAAAUAAAAUACAGACAGCAAAGCACUAGAGCCGGACGACAAAUAGAGGACCAAGGGCAGGUAGAGUACAACAAGAAAAAUUGGAUCCUAUACCUAAUUGCUGCUGGCAUCAUAGUGAUUGUUGUUGUGGCUUUAUUGGGAGUGCUGCGCUGUCAAAGACAAAAAUCCUCUGCACAAAAAUCCUCUGCACAAAAAUUCUCUGCUGAAUUCAUAAACAGAUGUCAGAAGUGCACAGGGGGAAACCACGAAGUCUGUCAACAUAUAUUUACUAUCUUUGAACAAGCCUACGUAGGGAGGCCAGCAUGUAAUAUUCCUGUGGAAGCCUAUGACCCCUUAAUGGCCAAAGUCCCCUUCGGAUAUCCAUGUAACAAAACAAUGCUCUGGAGUGGAACAGAAGAUCUGGUCCGCAAUUACACACGAAAGAAUAAAGAUUGUUUCACCCUGGAAGACACUCUAUUGGGACGCAUCCUGGAUAAAAAGAAAUGGUGUGGAAGGAAAGGCAGUAAUGGUGAGUUAUUUCACGGGGAUUGCCUGGCAUGCAAUGGCUGUGAGAACAACCCGGUUCGCUCAUUCUGGAACAGAGCGUCUGCUGCAUUUGCAGAGCAUGCCUGUGGAGAAGUCACAGUUAUGCUAAAUGGAUCCAAAGAACAACCGUUUGAUCCCAAAAGUACUUUUGCAAGGAUCGAGAUAAAGGCACUAAAACACCCAGAAGUGAAGCACCUGAAUUUAUUUCUGGUCACCGGACACAAGAAAAUGUCAGAUUGUACCUCACAGAGUUUACAGGACUUACAGGGCAAACUGGAUCCAAAUAUUAGUUACACUUGCAGGGAAGUAAUGAAAUCCCAGAUUGAGGAGUGUGCCCCCAGCACAAACGCAGCCUGUGGAGCCUGUUUUUCAAAGGUGUCAAAAUAAGAUGUCAAACAUUACAAGACACAACAGAAAGUAGUUAAAAUAUCUGAUUGAAGUUUGUCUUUCUUUUUACGUAAUUAGUACAAUCAUUUUGUAUUUACUGAUAAAGUUUCUGAUUUAGGGGAACAUUUUCUGAUUUAUUUAAAAAAACAAAACAAAAAAAGACAUUCAACUUCUGGUAAUUUGGGCUGUAGGGUGGAAAAUCAGGUCUGCUGUAAAAUCAUGUUUAACUGAUGAUCUCACUUCCUAUUUGUUGGCCAAACCUGAAGUGUUUUAAAAUAAAAUGUUAAA